AUGGAGGCCGGCAUCCGGUUUCUCCCAAAGAAGAGAGAUGUGGCGCAGAAGAAGCGGAGAGCCAACGAGGAUGAGGUUAUCGGCGACGUUAAGCAAUACUUGGCUGAAUUCGAUGAAUGUGUCGAUACGAAACUCCGUGAUCUGUUUUCCGAACCGGUGUCGAGGAUCGUUGGACAUUUGGCAAGACCGGAAAAAGAAAAAGAUGAGGCGCGGUUAUCUAAUGUCUUCGAUAAGGCCAUGGAAAUUGUGCUCUACCCAACGGCAGUCGUCGUAUGUCAUCUAGCUGACACGGCUUCGGUCGUGGAGAUGUGCCGAAGCUCGCUGGCGGAACAUGGGCUGACGAACGCAAUAAUGAUCAACCCGGAUUCCGAAGCUAGCGAAGUGAUUGAUCAACUAGUGGACAUUACGGAAAACUGCGUGCUCAUCGUCCGGCAAGCCGAAUCGCUGCCCUUUGAUCUUAUCGACAAGAUCUUGAAGCUGCUGCGAUUGACAGAUUUUCUCGUGGAAGUCGCAUUCCUGAUCUGCUUGUCUACUAGUCCGAUGUACCUCGCUUCAAUCUGCAGCAAAGAUUCGCUCGAUGAGAUAGAAGUCGAGGUUUUUAAGUUGGACAUCACGUCGCGAUUCCAAAAGAAGCUCUUGAAGGAACUGCUCUACUUGAGAAACCCUUUUGAGCACGACCUGAACGCGAUCUUCCUUUCCGGGGGCCUGUUGAAGGAGGCGUUUGAUAAUUAUAUGGUAGAGCACAAAUCGGUCGAUCUAUUGAAAAAUGCCCUUCGUCAUGCCGUUAUCCACAAGGUGUGCAUGGGUGCCAAGCCGCUGACAUCGUUGGAAGACACACAGAUUAAGCUCCAGAGAUAUGCAGCUGCCUGUGAAGCCUAUUCAAAGCUCUCCGAGAAAUCGCUAAAGCGGGUGCAUGCCGAUGUUCAAUUGCAAAGUGGAGGCUUUGAAGCGAGAGAACUACUCGAAAAGCUGAGAAGUGAAAAGGCGGAUCGGUUUGAAGAAUUGCUGACCAUUUUGGAGCCGCUUCGAGCAGAUGGUUUUGAGCCGGAGAUUGCAGAGUUGAGCAAAUUGGUCGCGGAGUGGCAACGAUUGCAUUUAGAGAGCAAAUCCAGUCAAUCGGUGCCGGCAGAAACGCCAAAACGCCCUGAAAAUAUGACUUUUGCUGAAUUUCAACGGCAAAGAGAGGCAAAGAAGUUGGUGAAAACGGAAAGUCCGCUCGUGAAGGCAUCUGAAAAAUUGCGCGAUGCUUUCCUGCACCUCUUUCAAGAAGCCCUCGUUCCGCUUGAGAAGGUUGACGGGCUGCUGGUUGUAGAUUCGCUUCCUACCGGCUCCGUCGUUUCAUCUACCGAUCCAGCCCGCUUCAUAGAAGCCUCUCUACUUCAAUCAGAGGAGACCGUUCCGCUUGCCCUCGCUUAUAAAACAUUGAUGUCAUUUGACGGGCAGAAAGAGCUACGCCUUGGCGAAUGGGUCGCUACUUUCAAGAAGGAGGGAUCUUGCAGUGUUGACGAGUCGCCUUCUACACUAAUCUACGCAGCCGCCGCCCAUUUUGAGUACAUCGGCGUCACAAGACCUCGUCCCGAGAAAGACUAUCCCGCCGUACAAGUCGCCUAUUAUGAG